AUGUCCCCCUUAGCGGGUAGGAAGGGCAUCCCGCUUCCUCCCGGGCCUUCCGCCCGUUGGUUCUGGUCCAACGCCUUACCUGCUGUGAACAUUUGCCAUGCACUGACCGACAUGGUUCGAGAAUAUGGACCAAUUGUGUCGUUCCGACAAGGUAGUCAAGUGAUAAUUGUUAUUGGCAGCAUUGAGGCAGCCAUAGACAUCAUGGAGAAAGAGGGUGCGUUACUGGUAGAUCGACCCCGGUCGAUUGCCGCGGGUGAGAUGCUCUCAAAUGGAAUGCGUGUAGUCCUGGCUCGUUACGGAGAUCGAUUACGACGCCUUCGAAAAGCAGUACACACCCAUCUACAACCAAAAGCAGCAGAGACAUACCAAGAUAUGCAGCGCGAGCACGCGAUGGGUUUUAUAUUGGACAUGCUGAAUGACCCGAAGAACCACCAGAAGCACGCACAUCGGUAUGCAGUAUCAGUCAUUCUUCAGGUGGCUUAUGGAAAGUCUGCGCCUACUGCCAACACCGAUCCAGAAAUUGUCCGUAUUCGCAGAAUCACUGAACGUUUCCAGGUUGCAAUUCGCCCAGGAGCUUAUCUCGUCGAUCGUGUACCCCUUUUGCGCUACUUGCCCGGUUACGGAAAACAACUUUAUGAGUGGCAUACUGAGGAGCUAGAGUUCUACAGGCAUCAACUAAGCCGCGUCAAGAGUGAAGUGGAUCAAAACAUUGCUGGCUCAUCUUUUACCAAGACACUUUUGGAGAACGCAGAAGGACACCAACUCUCUACAGAUGAGAUGUCGUAUCUUGCCGGAACACUCUUUGCGGCGGGAUCUGAUACAGCAAGUCGGACCGCUGUUGGAAUAACCGCUAUUAUCAUGGCUGCGGCGUGCCAUCCAUUGGCUCAGGCAAAAGUACACGAAGAGCUCGAUAUGGUCAUCGGGUCAGACAGAGCGCCAACGUUUCAAGACUCGAGCUCGCUCCCUCAAUUACAUGCGUUCUUGUUGGAAGCCUUGAGAUGGAGACCUAUCGUCCGUAUAGGAUUUCCCCACCGUGCAACUAAGGAUAUUUUUUGGCAAGGAUACUGCAUUCCAGAGGGUGCAACAGUCUAUGGGUGCCAUUGGACUCUUUCUCGUGAUCCUAUCGCCUUCCCAGAUCCUGAUGAUUUCAAUCCCCAGCGUUGGCUUGAUUCAGAAGGCCGCCUGAAGGAUGAUAUGAAGUUCAUCGUAUAUGGCUUUGGUAGACGUGUAUGUCCCGGCAUGCACCUCGCAAAUCACUCAUUGUACAUCAAUCUCGCCCUUCUCUUGUGGUCUUUCCGCAUUGCUCAGCGACCUGGCGCCCCAAUCAACACACACGCUUUCAGUGAUGCGGUUAUUGCUCAUGCAGCGCCAUUUGAAAUUGAUGUUAUUCCCCGAAUGAAAGUUGCGAAGCUGAAAGAGAUGACGACGACAAAUGGGCGUAUGGAUUAA